AUGUCAGAAGAUGCACCUACAGCAGUGUAUCUUGCUAUAUAUAUCAUCACAUUCCUGAUUGGGUUUCCUAAUAGUGCACUGGCAUUGUACUCAUGCAUUAACAAGAUUCAGAGGAAACCCAUCCCCAUUGACAUAUUCAUGCUGAACCUCGCUAUUUCUGACCUCAUCUUUCUCACCUUCCUGCCCAUCAAGAUGAAAGAGGCCGCAGAUAACAUGGUUUGGAACAUGCCCUAUUACCUAUGCCACUUCCAUCUGUUCGUCUUCUUUCUUCCUGUCUAUUCGAGCAGCCUGUUCUUGACAGCAAUAAGCGCUGAGCGCUAUGUGUGUAUAGCAUUUCCAGUCAAGUAUAAAAGUCCGAAGAGAAUCAUUUACACAGUACCUGUAUGUGUAGGCAUCUGGGUGAUUGUUGCAGUAAGUUUUAUAUUUGUUUACAAGGCAGCAUACAUAGAUUCUGAUGAAGCCGACAACACCACUAAUCAGCGCCCUCUGGUGACAGAACCUCAGACAUGUUACAGUAACUUCACAGAGAAACAGCUCAGAGAACUGCUCCCAGUGCGGCUGGGUUUAGCAGUGGUGUUUUUCUUUCUAUCCCUCCUUACCUGCUGCUUCUGUUACAUCAGUUUCAUUCGUAUUUUGUUAAAAUGUCCUUUCAUCAACCGACAGCGUAAACUCCGGGCAAUUGGACUGGCUCUGGGGACUCUCCUUGUGUUUGCCAGUAGUUUUGCACCCCUCAAUAUAUCACAUUUAGUAGGCUUCAUCAACAAAAAAAAUCCAGAGUGGCGCAUGACAGCUUUAACUCUGAGCACUUUGAAUGCAUGUUAUGAUCCUAUUAUAUUUUUCUGUAUCUCCAGGGAGAUGAGAAGGGUGAUCAAAGUAUGUGCUAAGGCUUUUUUUCGGUUUUAUGCCAAUUUGAAGGGUCAGUUCACCCAAAACAACAAAUGAAGAUAUUUUUAAUAAAAUCUGAGAUAUUUCUGUCCCUCCAUUGACAGUCUAUGCAACUACCAGUGUGAUGCUUCAAAAAGUUCAUA